CUUAACUCCGAUGUAUACGAUCAACAACAAGGACCUUCCGCAUCCUGCUCUACAUCAUCGCCAUGAUGUAGAAACAUCAUUAAUUAACUCUCCAUUAAUUAACAUUCCAUUAAUUAAUUCUCCUACCAAACAGGCAAGAGUAUGAUUUAUUAAAUAUUAUGAAUCUUGACUUUAUAAACCAGGAUGCACUAGAAUUUGUAGUAGAAGAGAAUGGACUACUUUCGUAUGUAGAACCCAGAUGCAAUGCUAAGAAUGACUUUCAUACACCAAUUUCAGAACACAACGAUGCAUCUAGCUUAGGACCAGAUGCAGAUAUCGAAAGUAAAGCCAAUGAUCAGAAUAAAAAUCUAUCACAAAAGACUGAAGAUGCUCAAAUUCAGUUUAAUGCUGUAACAUCUGAACCAGACUAUAUACCAGAAAACGAAGAUAUUGUUCCUUAUAGUGACACCUUUAUUCCCGAUCCAGACUAUAUACCUGAUAACACAGACAACAGUGAUAGCGAUAACGAUAUGCCUUAUGAAGAAUUAGUAGAGGGUGAAACCGAUUUACAAAAUAACGACGCUUCAGGUACCGAACAAUAUGGAAAUAUGAAUGAAGGACGAAAAAGGACACAUAGAUCAGUCCAAUCUGAUUGGAAGAAAAAUAAAAAUAAAAAACUUAGAAUGGAAGAUAAACAAUACUUGGGAUAUACAAAGGCAAAAGGAGAAGUAAUGAAGCACAACCAAAUAAGAGAAGCUCGAUCAUUUAGUCCGGCUUGUAACUCUGAUAGUUGUAAAAGAUCCAAAAAACGGAUGUGUGAAAAGUUCACAGAAGAAGAUAGAAAAUGUAUAUUUACAAAUUUUUGGUCAAAACUCAGUUGGGAUCAAAGAAAAAUGUACGUUAUUUCUCAUGUUAACAGAACUGUUACACAACGGAAAACGACAUUAAAUAAGUCUCGACGUGGUGAACCAAAUAAUUAUUCUUUGACUUUAAAAGAUUGUAAGUAUGCAGUAUGUCGUACGUUGUUUUUAAACACCCUUGGAUUAGGUUCAUUUACGGUACAAAGUUGGACGAAGAAAGGUGACCAUGCUAUGAGCAUAAAUCAAGAAAGUGCUAAUUUGAAUCGUGCAAGAAAUUCCCCCCACGCCGAAGACAUUAACUAUUUAAAAGAUUUUUUGAAACAAUUGCCAAAAUUACCUUCUCACUAUAACAGAGCGAAUUCUUCAAAACUUUAUUUAGAACCAAUUUUUAAGUCAUUAAAACAACUUUAUGACCUGUACUCAGAACAUUGCAAGACUGCAGGCGAACACGUUCUUUGAAGUAAAACAUUUUAUAACGAAUUUAAUCACAGCAAUUUUGCACUCUACCAACCGAAAAAAGAUCAAUGUGAUAUUUGUGUUACUAAUAGAGUUGACAAUCUAAGUGACAAUAAAUACACAGAUCAUAUAAAAAGAAAAGACAGGGUACGUACUGAGAAAGCAAGUGAUAAAAGUUUGGCAGAAAAAGGACAAUGUAUG